CAUAUCCUAAUAUCACAUUGACCACCUGACAGCGUGAAGUGUGGACGUGUGAGAGAAUCUAGAGUAAAACGCACUACAAGAACUUCAGACCGUACACACACGGUUUUAACAAUGGGGAGGUCUCACUGUACUAAGCCAAUUCGUAUAUGGAUUCUCGGUGCAUGUAUAUGUGCUACCCUCUUUUUGGCGCUUUCUUGCAAAUAUGAAAACUGGGCAAUGAAGACAUACAAGGAUUAUCGUUUAAAGAGCGAGAAUACAACUUACUUUGGAUUAUGGAAACACUGUCUUGAUACAAGAGCGCCAGCAGUAAACAACAAGGAACAACCGAUGAUGAGCGAAUGCUGGAAUUUUGGCACGAGUAGUGAGAUGACUGGAAUAUACGGUACACCAGGAUUUAUCAAGUUAACCCGGGGCUUUUUGGUAUUAAUGAUUGUUUUGAUGGGACUUGCAAGUUUGGUGACGUGUUUCAUCAUGUUCACGAGCGAUCGCCCAUUGCUUCUAUAUUCAACGCCGAUCACGUUGGCGAGCACUAUCGUUGGAAUCAUCAUUUUGGGAAUUUUCUUGGGAAAGAUGCUUAACAAUGAUAUGUACAAAGAUUAUGAUAUGGCGUGGUCGUUUUACUAUUACUUGAUUGGAUGGUUUUUUACAUUAAGUGCAUUCUGUGUUGCCAUGACAGACAAACCAGAACACAAAUACUAAUACGCCGUCGCUGCAGCAUGAGUUAUUUUAAAAAUAGCUUCGCUAAUUGAAGGCUACCUGGCUUUUAAGAUCUGUUUUUUGUAUAAUUUUUCUCCUUUUUAUAACGUCCGGUGGAUAUGAAACCUUUGUAUAUAAUAUUUAUAAUAACUUGGUAUUUGUAAUCAAAAAAAUUUAUGAUUGAAUGAACAAAUGAACUUUAAAAAUGCUUUUUUAA